GGCAGCUCUCUCUCUCUCAGGGAAACCUUGUAGUCAUCGCGCGCCAAGGCCGAAUUUUCCCAAAGGAGAAACUUCUUCGGCUUCAACUUUUUGAUUUCAGUGAUAGGAGCUUCACUCCACCAUACAUUGAUACCUUUCAAUAUAUUUCAUUCAGGCGAAGGCCUGGUCUCCGUUCGCUCUUUUAUUUUCAUGUGUAUAUAUUUACUUAGUUCUUUAUAACUUUGUCCUGACCCGCACUAACUACAAUCCCCGUUCCAUUUUCAAGAUCGCGACUGACUAGCUGCUUGCGCUGCACAAUGCCAAAUGCCAGCACUUCCAGCAUCAGUCAUACCGAAGGCGCCUUUCCCUUCUUCCAAUGUCUUCUCAUCUGCAAUAUCGGCCGUAAUGGCCAAACGGCCACCUUCCUUCAACCAGCCUAGAUCUCACAUUGCUAGCUCGUUGCUCUGCGACGAUCUUCUACAACGAUUGGGUCCAUCAUUGAAGAAGCAUUCCUCAUGCGAUAUCAUCGACGUUUUCCCUGGCGCAGGAUUACUCUCAGCAAAACUACAUAACCAUCUUAAACCUCGACGUCAUCUUUUAAUCGAACCCAAUACCAACUAUUACCAGUCAUUUCUAAAACCUUUGACCGAAGAACAAGAUUCUACUUACAAACAUUUGCCCUGGGACCCGUUAGACCUCAAAACCUAUGAUGAUCUAUUCCUUCAAGGACAUCUGCCAGAACAAACCAAACAGCCACCUGUUUGGUCUCAAGGCAGUGGAUGUGCUACGAAUGACAGCCUACUCGUACUGGCCAAUAUGACUGCGAAGCCGCAAUAUGGGCAAACGUACACUCUUCUACUACGAUAUCUUGAGGCGUGUUUGGACCAGACAUUGUUUCAUCGAUACGGGCUAGUGCGAAUGAUCGCGCUCCUCUCAUCUGAUGAUGCGGAAGUACUAUUGCCUAGAGUAAUUUCUAGGCGGAGGCGAUCUGCUGUUAUCGCAGAGGCUACUUGCUCAGAUAUAACGGAAGUUGCUGGUGAUUCCGCCCGUGAGUUGUGGCAUUCACAGAAGGGGCUUUCAACGUUGGAAGUAAGUAGAAAGCAAGUUGAAAACCGAUUCAAGGAGGGCGGCACAGUUACCCCUCCUGGCCGUGAUGCUAGCCCUCCGGAGCUAGCCCCAGACGCGGGAAAGUACGGAAAGCGUGAAUCCUAUGUGCCUCGACCAAAACGCCCGUGGCAUGACACGUAUAUUGAACUGACUCAAAACCCCAAUCUUCCGGACCUUCGGACACCUGCACAGAGGGGAAGACCGUCAUUGAAAAGCCCUAGACGUACUGAUACGACCGAUAAAUUAGCUCAUGGCAAAGUUACCGCUCUGCAUAGGCGUCUCGUUCACGAGAAUCGGGAUGAGGCCUUGUUUAGAAAAGCGGAACCGAAAGUAAUACAGAUUGAGCAGCUAGAAGCUGAACUGGUUUUGAUGCUACAGACCAAAUCGCCGACUCUAGCAGAUGUACUCAAACGUGUAAAGCAAAUUCAUGUGGAGUUAUUGGAAGUUGAAGAACAACUCAGCUCGCGCAACAGCGUCGCAUUGUCGCGCUUCGAUUCACUUAUGGAAGAACGAAUGUGCUUCGACGGCAUUCGGUCAGGCACUAAGGAACCUCUUCUACUCUGGGAUAAACGUCCAUAUGAGCCGUUUGAUGUCGGUUCCGACGAGUUUACACCCAACGGCUUGUGUUCAGUCAUCGAUUUUCAGCCGAAUCCUAAUUCGAACAUCAUCCAAACCCAACAACAGCACAUCAAAAAUAAAACGCUUCACAACUAUCACCUGAUGCUUCGGGCCUACCGCCAUAUCAUGGGCACGGUAACAACCCACAGCCAAAGAUCUAUUGGCGAUAUCCUGCGCCCAAUGUUUCCUGAUCGCUCGAUGUCCAGUUUGAUCCAAUCAAUCCCCAACCUCGCCCCAUUCGCGAGGCCGAAAAUCCUUCAAAUGGUCGAUUCAAAGAUAAAAAUGAGGCGCUUGAUAUCCCUAACCGAAACAGUUGAUGUUAACAAGCCCAUUCAAGAGGUGGCGCCUGAACUUGCGGAAUACGACGAAAACUGCUUCAGUUCAGUCAAGGUCCGACAUUUGCCGUCCUCUGUCUUGUGGGAUAUAAUCGUCGAAUGGCAAGGAUCGUCCAACGGCUUUGAGGCUGAAGAAGACAUAUAUAAAGUGCUGGGCGGGGCCCGACUUAAACGGAUGGAUGGGGAAGCUUUCACGACGGGCUUCGCAUAAGAAGGCGUAGCCCAUCAAUGGCAUCGAAAUGGCAGCGCCGAUUCUCAGACCUCUUCUCAUCAUGUUGCCAUAUACCAUGCUAUUUACAAUGUAUAUAUAGACCUAAUGCCUCUGUACAAUAUUUAUCCUUUAAUAGACUUUACCGUAAUUGGGCUAGAAAAAAUUUCUUAGAACCUUUUUCAUGAAGGCAUUUCCAGGUGUUAGUGGGUGGCUUAUGCUCGUUGAUUUUUGAAAUGGGUUUAUUCAUUAACUAUCUUACCCUCUCUUUCUCUUUCUUUCUUUUUUUUUUUUUUUUUUUUUUUUUUUUGAAGUUCAAUGAGUGCCCUCUCGUGUCCGUUGGAACUAUGGUUGCAACAAAUAAGCUUAAUUUUAUAGUUAAUCCUUCUUCAACUCAGAAGGCUCGGUGAUGUAACAGGUCGCCCAUUAUUAUUAAUAAUUGUAGCCGUCUGUCGUACAGACUCCAGCGUGGCUAAGUUUUGAAUUAACUAGGCCAAGAUAAAUAUGAAAAUCCACCCCAACUCACUGCGAAUUUUGCAUAGUUCCUAAUUUUUUAUCUGAACACAACAUCACAAAAAAGGAAUGAACGAACACGAUAAAAUCUUUAAGAGAAUCAGAGAGCAGGAAAUAUACAAAAAGCAAGUAAACAUCAAAAGAAGCAAUAGCAACCAAAAAUGCCACACAAAUCCACACAGAAAGAAUGAUUGAUACCAUCCUCCAAAAGAGUGUUUUUUUUUUUUUUUUUUCCUCCUCAGCGCACCGUUUCCCUUUUCCAAGGGACACAUCACAACAGCCAAAGGGAAACUGCAGAGUAACUAAAUGAAAGACAGUAGACCCCAUUACUCCAACAACUCCAGAAAUUAAAGGGAGUCCGGCAAAGAACUAAGAACGAAAUGGAGAAGCCAGGAGCAGAUGAUACCACCGUCAAUUCGCUCACUUCCGUUCUGGCCACCUACCAUCCCUCAAAAUUUCUUUUCCGUCCAUUUCUGUUGUAACCUCUAACCUCUCUCUACACCUAAACAGAGCAAACUGAACCAUCCCCUUCUGCCCUGUUCCUCAACCACGGUGGAAUCAGUCCAUGAAACAUGCCUGAGAGUACACACGACGGUGCAGACUGCGUUAACCCCAACCCCAAUGGCGUCCGUGGUAAAACAGGGACAUGAAAAGCAGGAGGAAGAAUAUCAAAAGAAUCCCAGGAUGACAUGCUGGUUUCUGUUUCGGUGUUACUGGGUAGGGAGUGUAAGGGGUUCUGGCCAGGGCUGCUACAGCUGUUGUUUGACAAAGGGGGUGAAAGUUCGAGCGGCCAAGUAUGCGGUGAAGAUGACAUCGCUGUUUGUUGGCGAGGAGGUUGGUCUUGCUGAUCCUGAGGAUAAUGCGGGUAGUGAUGGUAAUGCCCGUUGCGAGAGAGGGGACAACUGGAGCAUGAAAAUCUCUCAUCGGCAUUUCCGUCGUAUUUGCCGCUGCAUAGGCCGCCCAUUGGUGACGAGGGAGGAGUAUCUGGGACGUUCCGUGUAAUUCCCUCUCGGUUGACUUCGUCGUUUGCAAUUGGAAUUGGCUCCCCAUCUUGAUCACGAGCGGCAUGUCUGCCACCACUCCUGCCUCCCCCAGAACACCCGGGCGAGGAUGCCUUGCCAUCUAGACAGCCGUUGCCAAUCAUCCUCUCAUCAACCUCGUAGUCAUAUCCACCUCUUCGAUCCAAAUGAUGAAUAAUAUCCCUUCCUCUUUCUCCUCCCACUUCCAGCUCCCAUCCAGUCCCCGCCGCAGUCCCAUCACAAACCCUGGCCCCUCGAACCGCUACCAACUUCCACGUUGGCAAAUGAUACACCGCCCCACCCCACGUGGCAAACACCUCAUACUCGCCAACCCGGAUGGUGGGUUCGUCACUGACAGGAUUCAUGUACUGCUGCCAUUCCGGGUUAAACCAAUCUUCCCGCCCAAUGCGGAGCCAGGGCGGGAGCUCAUCAAGUGCGAUGAGUGGAACGGCAACGCCAUUAUCGCGGUGGAGAUAGAAAGCCGGAAUUGGGGAUAUGUGGUGGACUGGAGUAGUUAGGUCGUGUGAAGGCUGAUUGGGUGCGAUGGAUGUAGGAGGGAAGUGGAUGUGGCUGUGGUGGUGGCAGCUGAUAUCUUGGGAGGAGCUGUGCAUAGCUUGCGGGGCCGUGAAUUGUGAGAUGCUGCGAUUGGCAUAGAAUGCCUAAGUGGAGCUUCACCUUUGAGGGAGUGUUCUCGGUUGCUUUGGCGAAUUCGCCCACGAUUAGAUAGACCUCGAACUAGGAGAAGAAUUAAGAGCGGUUGUCUCCCUCUCAAUGCGGGCCAGUCCCUCCCGCAACAAUUUUAUGCGCCAAUGAACCCAAUAGAAUUUGAUAGUAAUAGCAAGAAAAAAUAAAAUCAGCUGCGACAAAACAUGCAUUUGGUAACGAGUGGACAGCGUUUUUGGGAAAAGACUGACGUGAAUAUUUGCUAAUGGAUGAAUAAAUGUAAUGAAUGCUCGGUAUUUUCAUUUGAACAGAAAUCAACAAACAUGAUAGAUGCAAUUUGCAUUUUACCCAGCUGAAGAAGGAACUGGUCCAAUGGCAUAUGAGGCCACA